UCUUUCCAUUUACCAAAGCAUCAAUAUCCCUUCAUAACUUCCCAUAUAUCAUAUAUUCCUCUCUUUUAUUAUUACUAGCUAAAUUUGUUGAGUGUUUCUAAAAUUAAAAGCUUCAAGAGCUCAGAUCUCACAAAAGCUUACAUACUCUCAUAAUGAAGCAAGUUGUGUUGAAAGUGAACUUUCAUGAUGAGAGAACCAGGAAGAAGAUUAUGAAGACAGUUUCUGGCAAUUCAGGGGUUGAUUCUAUCUCCAUGGAUUCUAAAGACAUGAAAUUGACAGUAACAGGGGAGGUAGAUCCAGUAAGUUUGGUAAGCAAAUUGAGAAAGCAUUGUAAUGCUGAUAUUCUAUCAGUGGGACCACCUAAAGCACCAGAGAAAAAGAAAGAAGAACCCAAAAAAGAAGAGCCUAAAAAACAAGAACCAAAGAAAGAUGAUUUGGCUGAGUUUCAGAAGUUAUGGAUUGCUCAUCAGAAUGCUCAAAUGGUUCCACUUCAGCAUUAUUAUGUCAGAAGUGUAGACGAAGAUCCCAAUGCUUGUGUUAUCUGCUGAGUUUUGUAGAUUUAAUAUUUUUUAUUCAUUUUAAAAAAGAAGAGGCAUUUUGAUUUUUA